UCGGUGCUGGAAACAGAUGUCAGCUGUGUCAGUGCAAGAACAAGGGGGCUCCGUGUGUCUGUAGCAGUAUCAGCUCUCAUUGUAACCUUGUGUGCAGGCAGAGCUGCAAGAGGCACCUUGCUCUCAAUACUUAAAGCAGCAAUGGCACUUACCAAUGAUUGUGCCUCCCAGUGACCUAUGGUGAACAAGAAGUGUGGUGAUGUUAGGUAUUCUGUAACAAAACAUCAGCUUCUAUAAUAAUGAGUGCCCCGGCUGCUACACGGGUUUUUAUUUUGUCACUCACUGCCAUCCCUGUCACUUAUCUCUUCAACUCUUUUUCUACUGCUCAUAGUCCCUGGCCGGUCACAGUGAUUGGUGCUUCAAUUCUUGCGUUCAUCGCUGGAUUAUCACGCUUGUUGGUCAUUCAAAAACCACCAAAAGACCCCUUAUUCUAUGUGUACGCAGUGUUUUCAUUUACCAGUGUGAUCGGUCUUAUCAUAGGACUCGAACAGGAUGGGAUCAUUGAUGGAUUCAUGACCUUGUAUCUAAAGGAGAGCGAGCCUUACCUUAACACAGCUUACGGUCACAUGAUCUGUUACUGGGAUGGGACGGCGCAUUACCUCAUGUAUCUCCUUAUGGUGGCAGCUAUCGCAUGGGAUCAGAACUACAGAAACAUUGGUCUUUAUUGGGUCGGCUCAAUCGUAAUGAGCAUCAUUGUAUUUAUUCCUGGAAACCUAAUUGGCAAAUAUGGAACAAGAAUAUGUCCUGCUUUUUUAUUAAAUAUACCAUACAUAUGUCUCCCCUUGUGGGCUGGACUGAGGAUCUACCAACAGCCAGCAGCCAGCUACAGUUCAUCUGUCAAGGUUUUACAAGACAUUCAGCAAAAAAACAUAUUAAGAAGACCAUUUGAUUUGCUGUUGGCUGUGUGUCUUAUUCUGUCAACUGCAUUUUGUAUGUUCAGAGGCAUGAUUGCCUUAGACUGUCCUACUGAAUUUUGUCGCUAUUAUAUUCAGCUUCAGGAACCAUAUAUCAAGGAUCCUGCUGCUUACCCAAAACUACAGAUGCUGGUGUAUAUGUUUUACACUGUCCCCUACAACCUUUUCACUCUUUAUGGGCUCUUGGUUCCUGGAUGUACAUGGAUGCCGGACUUAACCCUAAUUCAUGCUGGUGGAAUAGCACAGGCUCAGUUUUCACACAUUGGCGCCUCCCUUCACGCUCGGACGCCGUAUAUCUACAGAGUUCCAGACAAGGCAAAACUGGUGUUUUUAUUUGUUAAUUUGCUCUAUGGAAUCGUUCACCAGCUUUUGGCCCAUAGAUGUGUAAAUAAUCCUGAGUUCUUUAUGAAGGCGCGAUCAGAAACUAAAACAGACUGAAUCUCUCUUGUUGUGCAUCUGGUGGGCAUUGGACACAGUAAGCAGGGAACAAUAUUUAAGGUCACCUGUUACCUGUUGUGUGAAGAAAUGAAUUGGUAGAUGUGUCACAAAUUAAAUGUUAGACAUGCUACAUAUUUUCAGUUGUUUUAUAAUUGUACAAAGUUUUGAAUUUAAAGAAUUCCAAAUCUUUUUAUGCUAUAGUAUUUUUGUAAUCUUAAGGACUAAUGUAUUAUAAGCAUCUGAUACCUUUUGAUUCUUUAUGUCAAUUUUAAGGUGGUGUUAAUACUUGAACAUCUGCAACUGUUUUCUUGUCGUUAAAUGCAAAGUUUAUUUAGUUACUGUUGAUUUAUUUUAUUAUAUAACUGAUAAAAUACAGUGUAAAUAGGACAAGACCUAAGUGUUGUGCUACUUGUAAUAUUUCAGUUCUUGUGUCUUGUCCAGCACUGAACAGGAACAUAUUGCACCGGGGGUAAGGACUACAUUUAAUGUAGGGGUUAAAGAAAAUAUUGUGCUUGUCUUCAGUAUAUAACAAUAUCUGAACAUCAAAAAGUUUUAUCAGUGGGUUUUUACAGUGAUCACAAUCCUAAAAUGCUUCUUUUGAUAACAGCCCUUAAGCACGAAACUAACAUAAAAUUAAUAUUUGUCUAGUUAAAGGGACAGUCAUCUUGAUUAUUUUCUUGUUUAAAAAGAUAGAUAACACUGUUACUACCCAUUCCCUAGCUUUGCAUAACCAACAUUCUUAUAUUAAUAUACUUUAUAACCUCUAAGACUGCCUGCUGACCACUCCCUAUCUCAAUGUUUUGUUUUUACAAUCUUGCACAACAGCUAGAUAGUGCUAGUUCGUGUGUGCUAAAUAGAUAACAUUGUACUCACUCCCAUGGGGAGAAAUGGUUUCAAAAGAACCAGCACUGGUUGGCUAAAAUGCAAGAUUGUAAAAAGCAGAAAAAAAUGAGAUAAGGGGGCAGUCUGCAGAGGCUUAGAUACAUAAAGGUAAAAAGUAUAUUAAUAUAACUGUGUUGGUUAUGCAAAACUGGGAAAUGGGUAAUAAAGGGAUUAUCUAUCUUUUUAAACAAUAACAUAAGGGACAGUCUAGUCAAACUAAACUUUCAUGAUUCAGAUAGGGCAUGCAAUUUUAAACAACUUUCCAAUUUACUUUUAUCAUCAAAUUUGCUUUGUUCCCUUGGUGGUAUUUUUUAAAAGCUAAACCUAGGAAGGCUCAAACUGAUUUCUAAACCGUUGAAAACCGCCUCUUAGCUCAGAGCAUUUUGAAAGUUUUUCACAGUUAGACAGUACUAGUUCAUGUGUGUCAUAUAGAUAACAUUGUGCUCACUCCCGUGAAGUUAUUUAGGAGUCUGCACUGUUUGGCUAAACUGCAUGUCUGUCAAAAGCACUGAGAUAGAGGGCAGUCUGCAGAGGCUUAGAUACAAGGUAAUCACAGAGGUAAAACAUAAAUUAAUAUAACUGUGUUGGUUAUGCAAAACUGGUGAAUGGGUAAUAAAGGGAUUAUCUAUCUUUUUAAAUAAUAAAAAUUCUGGUGUAGACUGUCCCUUUAAAUAGACUUUCCCUUUAUUCUUACAAUAUUGUUAUAAAAACAUAAAAUGGACGUGAUUAAAGAAAAAAAAAAUGUCAAUAUUGGGGGGGGGGGGGUAAAAUUUCACCAGUGAUGUGUGGUAAGAUCAGUGGCUUUUACCUUUCCAUAUAGCAAAGCAAAAAAGUUUGCCUGUUGUUGAAAGCAAAUAAAUGAAAUUUAUCAGGGUCUAAAACAAUUGCUGGACAAGAAAUAUACUCUCUAUGCAGUUUGCAAGGAUCGGCAGUGCAGAAACAUUAUUACUUGAGUGAGGGAUGAAACUGCCAAAGAACAAUUAUGAUUAGAAUGUAGGUGGUACACGUGAAAUAAUAUAUAACUUGUGGGACAGUGUUUGCAACAGAUAUUGCAGUGUGUGUGACUAUAGUUUGUAGAUUAGAAGAGCUUAUGAUAUAACUUAUAAGUCAGUGUUGCAAAAAAUGUGACUGUGAUACAUAUAUAUAAAAGAAAGUAAGUGGAUAUCCUUAUUGGAUAUGUGUAUACAUUAAUAAUAUUCCCUAUGUGAUACACUGCUUAGGUUGUGUUAAAAGAAUACAGUAAAAGCAUAGAAGGGAAUAACUUAAGGUACAGUGGAAUUUGACAUCUAAAUAAUAAAGUGAAAUAAAACAAAUAUAAAAAGUGACUAGACUUUAAUACCAAGGUGUGGGUGUAACCUACACAGAACUUUAAUACCAACGUGUGGGUGUAACCUACACAGAACUUUAAUACCAAGGUGUGGGUGUAACCUACACAAAAAGCGGAAAACAAACUUGCAAAUCAAGAAAAAAUAUAUAUUUAAUAAGCUAAAAGAAAAUGUUUUUAGUGAAUUAUAUUGAUUUAAAACCGAUCUAAUAGCGCUUAGUUUUUCAGGGUACAAGUACAAUGAAACAGAUUUUUAAUAGAUGUGCCUUAUUAUUACAAAAUGUAAAUACAAUUUGCACAAUUUGACUGAUACGGAAACGACUGAAAUACCUUUAGAUAAGCAAUGAUUGGCCAAUCUUAAAGAGUUAUGAUUAGUAUGCGAAUCCUCAAAAAAUACAAUGUAAAAAACUAAAAUAUGUAAUAAAAGUCCUAUUGAUAGGUAUUCAAAUACAAAAAAAAAAAAAAAAAGAGUAGCAUAAAGUCCCUAGGCUGGUAGAAAAAAUAAAGGAGGCUGGUAGAAAAAAUAAUAAUAAAGUCCGGUAGGAAAAAUAAAUAAAGGUAAAAUCCAGCAUAUUUCUAGGUGUGAGGAUCCGAGAAAAGAUAGGUGGUAGUUGGAACCUGUAAAGAAAGGGAAAAAAAAAAUACUGCACAAAAGAGAUCAAAAAACAAGUUCUGAGGUUAGAAAUGUGCUCACCGUAUUAAACAGUUACUCUGGCUGGUAUGUCAAUUAGCAAUGGAUGUCUACGCGUUUCAGCCUACAGCGAGGCCUUUAUCAAGACUAUACCAGCUUUAGUUGAAUGGAAAAUAUUUAAAUGCUUGUGUGACCUAUCACAGGUAAGGGGCGUGUUGUAGUGACGUAACGUCUUAUAUAUGGUUACCUAUAUGUAGGUGUGUAGUUGAAGUUCAUUCUGUCAUUUUGAAAUUGGGUAUUUGCGUAGUCAGCUUAAUGUGAUCGUGCUAGCAUCAGAAACAAAAAAAUGUUUCAAAUGAGUGCCCAUAUGCUUUUCCGCUUUAAUAAUUCAGAAAAGCUAAAGAGAUGUUAUUUAUAUAUGAGUAAAGGGAGAAAAAGACAAACAUUAUCGAUAUCAGUAGCAAGAAAAUGAAUGACAUAAGCACAGUUAGUAUUAGGAGUUUUGCUCCGUUUAUGAAAAUAUAUAAUGAAUAGUUUCUUACGGAGUAUGGCAAGUGGUUGCGGAGGACAAUGACUUUCGUACAUGAAUUGGGGGGGAGGGGUUUCAACUGGCGCUUAUUCAGUAAUCAAUACAUAUGAAUAAGGAGAUGGACUUAUCGUUAUGAUUAAUAGUGAUGGUAUCAUUGGUCAAAAGCAAUUAGUCAUGUUGCCACUAUGAAAGAGACGUAACCUGCAUCUGGCAAAUGAGUUUUGUUAGAUACAUUUAGGAGGUAAGAGCAAUUAUUCCUGCACGAGAUAAAACACAAGUAUAAAGGUUUAUGUCAUAUAAAAAUAAUUAUAUAAAGAAUUAUAUAGAAAUCCCACAUAGGAAUAUUGCAAACACAACGUAUACAUAGUGAACACAUUUUGUGUUAGAAACAUAUGGUAGAAGCAACCAAUUAAAUACAUUAAAGGUGUGUUAUAUUUAAAAUAGACAGUAGGAUAUAUAAAAAUUACAUUAUAAAAACACAAUAUAGAAUCACAAUAUAAAAGCACAAUAUAAAAGCAAUAUAGAAACAGCCCGAGUCGGUGAGACACAUUAAUAAAUAAAAAAGGUUAUUUAUUAAAAUAUAUAUAGAAAUAUUGAAAAAUAACAUUAGGAUGGAUGAAUCUAUUCCGUAUAAAAUACAGAGAAUUCUAUAAAGAUACAGGAAAUUUUAUGAAAGUACAGAAACAUCAGAAACAUCCAAAGAUGGAAGUUAAAAAAACAUCUUAGGCCAUCAGUAUUACUAUGUGAAGAUAGUGUGGCUAAAAUAACAUUAGUACACUUAUAUUUUAUAUGAUAUAGAUGUAGUAUAUGCGUAGAUGGAAUACAGUGGUACUACUGGGGGUGUAGAUUUCAAAUAUCAUAUUUGAGUGUAUUUUUCUGAUCUGUUUAUGUAGAUUACACCUGUAAACUUCGAAAUGGCUGAGGGACAUACAAAAAUACCCUAGAGCAAAGACAGGUAGAGGCUCAAACAUAUUGACAUAAGACUUUAUGGUUCUAGGGGGAACUACAAUAGAUGUGCAAUUUCAAACUCCGCAUUCAAGCCUUUUGGAUGGAUACUGUCAAGUUCAAAAAUCAAUUUAUAUUUAGUGUGGAGGAGCUUUUUUUCAAAGUUACCUCCUCUCCAAUCUUUCUGUAGUUUUUGUAGCCCCAUAAAUUUUAGGGUUUUGGUAUCUCCUUUAUGUACCUCUUUAAAAUGUUUAUAUAGAGGUACAUCAUCUGCAUUCCUUCUAUUUUUAGGAGGUGUUCCCUGAUACGGUCUUUGAGAAAUCUGCUUGUCUGACAUACAUAUUGGAGCCCACAGGGACAUUCCAAUAGAUAUAUUACUCCUUUGUCUUUACAACGAAUCAUUUGGUUAACUUUAAACUUUUCUUUGGUAAUAAAUUAUUCAAAGAAGUCCUUCUUUCGGCCAUGUUUGCAUGCCUUGCACUUAUGGCAUGGGAAAAAACCUUUGAGUGUACAGUAGGGGCCAAAAUAGUUUCAAGAUUUUUUGUUUUUUUGUUUAUGAAAUGCGGUUUAUUGCUCAGCUUUUCUCCUAUGAUAUUGUCUUCUUUAAGGAUGUUCCAGUGCCUCUUUAUAAUUCGUUCAAUCUUAUGUUUGUCUUGACUAUACUCUGUGAUGAAUGGAACAUCUAUAUAUGGUUGAGUACCAGACGUAUCUUUAGCUUUAUUGUUGAGUAAAGUACUUCCAUCAAUCUUAUCGACUUCUUCAAUGGCAUUAUUAACCACAUCUGUGCUGUAGCCUCUUUCUUUAAACCGAUCCACAAGUAUUUUGGAUUGAAGAUGCCAUUCACCUGGUUGGAAACAAUUUUUCUUAACCCUCAUGAGUUUUCCUUUUGGAAAAUUACUAAUCCAAUUCUUAUGAUGGCAGCUUUUUUGAUGGAUGUAAUUACUACAGUCCACUGGUUUGAAAAAUGUGGAGGUGUUAAUUACUCCUUCAUGGGAAUCUAUUUUUAGAUCCAAAAAAUUAAUCUGAUGGUGUGAGUAAUGGUAAGUGAAUUUCAAAUUUACCAUGUUAUUAUUCAUCACAUCUAAAGUGUGGUUAAGAUCUUCUAGACUCCCUUUCCAUACCAUCAAGAUGUCAUCAAUGUGUCUGCGAUAGAGGACCAAGUCCGCACUCGCUGGGCAGGAAUCCCAAAAUAUGGAUUCCCACCUUCCCAUGUAUAAGCUAGCAUAGCUUGGUGUGAACUUGUUCCCCAUCGCUGUACCACAUUUUUUAUUAUAAAACCUGCCAUUGUAGUGGAAGUAGUUAUGGGUUAGUAUGUAAUUAAUUCCAUUAAGGAUAAACUCUUUCUGUAGUGUGGGCAUACUGUGAUCUUUAUCUAAGAAAUAUUCAACUGCUUUAAGCCCCUCGUCAUGGGGGAUGCAAGUGUAUAGGGAUGUUACAUCACACGUUGCCCAAAUAUAUUCCUUUUUCCAUGUUAUUUUGUUCAAAGUGUUUAAUACUUCAGUGGAAUCUCUAAGGGAAGAUGGUAGAGUUUUCACAAAAGGUUGCAGAUGUUUAUCUAUAUAGGCUGACAGAUUGCUCGUCAAGGAUCCAAUACCUGAAAUUAUUGGUUUUCCGGGUGGGUUUUUUAAAUCUUUGUGGAUUUUCGGUAGCUGAUAGUAAACGGGUAUUUUUGGAAAAUUGAUAUUGAGAUAUUGGAAUUCUUUGGAAUUUAGAAUCCCUUCUUCUUUAGCUUCCAAUAGUAGUCUGUCCAAAUCCUUUUUAUAUGUGGUAGUUGGAUCACCUUCCAGGACCUCAUAGGUAGUGUUGUCUGGUAGGAUCCUUAGUGAUUCUCUUGUGUAGUCUUCUUUGUUCAGGACUACUAGCCUUCCACCUUUGUCAGCUGGAUUGAUUAUUAUAUCCUGGUUGGAUUCCAAACUCCUGAUGGUGUCCAAUUGUUUGUUUGUAAGGUUGUAUUUACAGUUGCUCUUUCUUCUUAGCUUUUUGAUGUCGUUGCAUACGUCUUUUUCAAAAGCAUCUAUGGAUGUGCCCUUGCUCGUUAAGGGGUAAAAUGUAGUUUUUGGACAUAAUUGAGUAUGUAUAUAGGUAUCAUUACUUUGUAUUGGUGGAUUGUGGGGAAAAUUCCCCAAAGGAGAUUUAAGAAAAAACCUUUUUAGCGUUAGCUUUCUCAUCAGAUCUUUGACACUCAGGUAUGUCUGAGGUGCUUCACAAUUUGAUAAGUUAAAGGGACAGUCAACAAUAGAAUUUUUGUUUUAAAAGAUAGAUAAUCCCUUUAUUACCCAUUCCCCAGUUUUGCACAGCCAACAUGGUUAUAUUAAUAAACUUUUUACCUCUGUGAUUACCUUGUAUCUAAGCAUCUUCUGACAACCCCCUGAUCACAUGACUAUUAUCUAUUGAAUUGCAUUUUAGCCAAUUAGUGCUGUGUUGAGCUGACUCUUAAAUAACUCCCCUGGUGUAAACACAAUGCUAUCUAUAUGGCCCACAUGAACUAGCAGUCUCCUGUUGUGAAAAACAAAUUAAAAACAUAAAUUAUGCAUACCUGAUAAUUUAAUUUCCAUCUGUAUGGGAAGAGUCCACAGCUGCAUUCCUUACUUGUGAGAAAAACUUAACCUGGCCACCAGGAGGAGGCAAAGACACCCCAGCCAAAGGCUUAAAUACCUCCCCCACUUCCUCAUAACCCCAGUCAUUCUGCCAAGGGAACAAGGAACAUUAGGAGAAAUAUCGGGGUGAAAAAGGUGCCAGAAGAAAAAUUUUCAAAUUUAGGGCCGCCCAUCGGAGAACACGUGCGGGAGCUGUGGACUCUUCCCAUACAGAUGGAAAUUAAAUAAUCAGGUAAGCAUAAUUUAUGUUUUCCAUCUUAAUAUGGGAAGAGUCCACAGCUUCAUUCCUUACUUGUGGGAAACAUAUACCCAAGCUCUAGAGUACACGGAAUGCUAACGGGAGGGAAAAAAGAGAGGCGGACCCUAAUCUGAGGGCACCACAGCCUGCAAAUCCUUUCUCCCGAAGGCUGCUUCAGCAGAAGCAAAAAACAUCAAACUUGUAACAUUUUGGAAAAAGUAUGUAAGGAGAACCAGAUAGCUGCCUUACAAAUCUGAUCCACAGAGGCCUCAUUUUUGAAGACCCAAGAGGGAACCACUGCUCUCAUAGAAUGAGCAGUAAUCUUCAGAGGAGGCUUAUGUCCCGCUGUUUCUAUGCUAAACGGUUGGGACUCCUCGGACAAAAAGAUAAGGAAGUCGAAGAGGCCCUUUGACCUCUACCCUUCCCGGAAAAGAGAACGAACAAAGAAAGAGGUGUGAUUAGAGUGGGAAUUGAUGUCACCAGAUUGAGGGAGGGGCUUAGGUCAGUUUGUCUGUGUCUUAGUUAGUGAGAUCAAUGCUACCAGAUGUAUGUUCCCAUGCUCUACAAUAAAAUAGAGUUGUACCAUC